CCUCUCCGUCCCCCCUCCGCAGCCUCCGCCAUGUACCGCUCGCUCCGCUCCCUCCAGCGCCUGAGUUGCGCCAGGGGCGCCGCCGUCCACGCGCGCCAGAGGGGCCCGCCGACCUGCAGCCGCCACCCGCAGCCACGGAGGAUGGCCAGUCAGGACUCAUUUAGAAUAGAAUAUGAUACCUUUGGUGAACUCAAAGUUCCAAAUGACAAGUAUUACGGUGCACAGACUGUGAGAUCCACAAUGAAUUUUAAGAUUGGUGGAGCAACAGAACGGAUGCCAGUCCAAGUAAUAAGAGCUUUUGGUAUCCUAAAGCGAGCAGCUGCUGAAGUAAAUCAGGAUUAUGGCCUGGAGCCAAAGAUUGCCAAUGCCAUUGUGAAGGCAGCAGAUGAGGUAUCUGAAGGUAAAUUGAACGAUCAUUUCCCUCUAGUGGUGUGGCAAACUGGAUCUGGAACACAGACGAACAUGAAUGUUAAUGAAGUCAUCAGUAAUAGAGCCAUUGAGAUACUGGGAGGUAAACUGGGGAGCAAGGACCCAGUGCAUCCGAACGACCAUGUUAAUAAAAGCCAGAGUUCAAAUGACACGUUUCCAACAGCAAUGCACAUUGCUGCUGCACAAGAAGUUCAUGAAGUGCUGUUGCCGGGGCUGCAGAAGCUUCAGGAUGCCCUUGAUGCCAAGUCAAAAGAAUUUUCCAAAAUUAUUAAAAUUGGGCGUACUCAUACACAGGAUGCAGUUCCCCUUACCCUUGGGCAGGAAUUCAGUGCUUACGUGCAACAAGUCAAAUAUGGAAUCACUAGGAUCAAAUCAGCCAUGCCAAGGGUCUAUGAGCUGGCAGCUGGUGGCACUGCUGUUGGCACAGGACUGAAUACAAGAAUUGGUUUUGCUGAGAAGGUGGCUGCUAAGGUGGCUGCACUUACAAACUUGCCCUUCAUUACUGCUCCAAACAAAUUUGAAGCCCUUGCUGCUCAUGAUGCCCUGGUUGAACUGAGUGGGGCAAUGAAUACCGUGGCUUGCAGCCUGAUGAAGAUAGCUAAUGACAUCCGUUUCCUGGGUUCUGGACCUCGAUCUGGUUUGGGGGAGCUAAUCUUGCCUGAAAAUGAACCUGGAAGCAGUAUUAUGCCAGGAAAAGUGAAUCCUACUCAGUGUGAGGCCAUAACCAUGGUGGCAGCUCAGGUGAUGGGGAAUCAUGUUGCUGUUACAGUAGGAGGCAGCUGUGGCCACUUUGAGCUGAACGUCUUUAAACCCAUGAUUAUUAAAAAUGUGCUACACUCUGCACGACUCUUAGGAGAUGCCUCUGUUUCUUUCACUGACAACUGCGUGAUUGGAAUACAAGCCAACACAGAGAGGAUCAACAAACUAAUGAGUGAGUCGCUCAUGCUGGUGACUGCCCUUAAUCCCCACAUAGGCUAUGACAAGGCGGCAAAGAUUGCCAAAACGGCACAUAAAGAAGGGUCAACACUAAAAGAAACUGCUAUCAAGCUCGGAUUUCUAACAUCAGAACAAUUUGAUCAGUGGGUAAAGCCAGAAGAUAUGUUGGGUCCUAAGUAACUGUGACAAAUGUAGUAGAAACAGAAAAUAAAUAAAUUGUAUAAAGUAAACAA